AUGGUCCAUCAGGAGGAAGACCAAAAUAGAGGACAAGCGAGCACCAGUCCUGCUGUUACCCCUGCCGAAACCGAUAGCCAAACACCAGCAGACAAGUUCAACAAGAAGGAAUCAAGCUCCUCAUCUUCUGCUUCAUCAGAAAACAUAGAUGAGGAUGAUUUCUUUCAGAUAGAGGGUCCAAUACUAGGCAGCACAAUAUCGUUCAGUCAUAAUGCAGCAAUCAAAGAACAGAGCGGUUCAUCUUCAAAUCCUGAAAGUCAUGCACCCACUGACCCAAAGCAGUCACCACGGGUGCAGGCCAUGUCUAGAGCACCGGAUGAGUGUCCAGACCCUAAAAGAAUCCCAUCAUCCGUCUUUGCAAGGUCAAAAUCGACGACGCCGACGGACUGGAGCGUGACAUCAAAUGAAUCUCUCUUUAGCAUCAACGUUGGGAACGCGAGCUUUUCAAAGGACCAUUUCUUCUUGUAUGGCAAAUCAGGUGAAAUGGGCAACCCCAAUGACCCAUUGGCGCCACUGCCGCCAUUGCCAAGGCCGAGCACCAGCUCUAGCCCUAUUAGAAGUGAGGGCGCCAAGACAACCGUACAGGCCAGUGCAAAACUGAAGCCUGCUACCAAGGAAGGGGACCAAGAUGGGGAUGACAAGACUGAUUACAACCAUAGCCUGUCACACCGUUCUGAUGCUAGCACAACAAGCUUCGCAUUCCCAAUAUUGGCAGGCGGUGACGUGAAAAAUAGUGGAUUCAUGAAAGAUGACUCUUCUGAGCUUGCCCGGCAAAGCACAUCGCAACUGUCCCAGCAGGCAGAGCCUGUUGUUGAGCAGGAAGCUCCAAAAGUUGAAGCCGAGGCACCGGAAGCUGAACAAGCCCCAGAACCAGCACCGCCAUCGACGUCGGCGGCAGAACCAACACCACAACCAUCAGCCCCGGCAAAAUGGUUUCCUUGCUGUUCUUGCUGUCCAUUCUGUUGCUGA